AUGGCAGUUUACCUUCCCGGUGAUGUGAUUAACGAACCGUCCUCAAGCGAUUCUUCAAUCAUCGGGUAUGGAAUCAAUCUUCGUGGGGAGAAAAAAGUAGUCACUCAACCUGGUGCUUUUCGAAGCGACGAAGGAAAAAUAUGGCUCAGCGUUCAUAGCAAAAGAUAUAUUCCACAAGAAGGAGAUCGAGUGAUUGCGAUUGUUACAUCUAAAACUGGUGACUUUUUUCGCUUGGAUAUCGGAACUGCCGAAUACGCCAUGAUUAGUUUCACUAACUUCGAAGGAGCCACAAAACGAAACAGGCCGAAUCUCAAGACUGGUGACAUUAUUUAUGCUACGGUUUUUGAUACAACUCCUAGAACAGAAGCGGAGUUAACAUGUGUCGACGACGAGAAAAGAGCCCGAGGAAUGGGACAACUUAACGGAGGAUACAUGUUCAAAGUUUCACUGAAUCAUUGCCGACGCCUCAUCAAUCCGUCCUGCGAAAUUCUCCAAACAAUGGGAAAAUUUUUCAAAUUUGAGAUCACCGUCGGAAUGAACGGAAGAAUUUGGGUGAAUGCUCCAACAACCGAAGAAAUUAUCAAGAUCCACGAUGUCAUUAACAAAUCUGAAUUCAUAACAGGCGAAGAUGAAUUAAUUUCUUUGGUACAACAUAGCUACACACGAUCUGUCAGUGGAUGA